GAGUCGACCCGUGUCACAUGUGAAGCAGUUGCCGGGAUUUGACAGAUCGAACGCACCCGCUGGUGUGUUUUGUUGUUUUUCAGCGGUGUAUCGUGUUUGGCCUGUCAAACCGUGUGACUUUUCACGGGAAGGGAGCGACGCGAGUGGAUUCACAGGGAUGCACAUGACUAAAAAGACCAGGAACACAAUGAAACCACCGCCACAGACCCAGUCAGCCCCCCUAAGCAGCUUAAUGUUUGAAGGCGUCUACAGCAACGCCAGAAUGCUUCAUUUCCUCACUGCAGUCGUGGGCUCCACCUGCGACGUCAGAGUGAAAAGUGGUGCAGUGUACGAGGGAAUCUUCAAGACUUUAAGCUCACAGUGCGAGCUGGCUCUGGAUGCUGUUCAUAAACAGAGUGAUGGAGACGACGGGGGAGGAGGAGGAGGAGGAGGAGGAGGACAUUCCUCUCCUCCCAGGAUUGAAGAUAUCACUGACACAAUGAUCUUCAGUCCCGCCGACCUGGUGACUAUGACCUGCCGCGACGUCGACUUGAGCUUCGCUGUCAGAGGUAACGGACUCGUGGAAGACACGUUCACCGACUCGGCCAUCUGUUCGCUGCGAGUGAACGGCGAACACCGGGAGAAGGUUCUGCAGAGGUGGGAGGGAAACGGAGAAAACUUUGAGCUGGAGUCAGACACAGUGAGGGAACACUCGAACGGCUGGGACGCCAACGAGAUGUUCAAGUUUAAUGAGGAGACGUACGGCGUCAAGUCCACGUACGACUCCAGCCUGUCCAUGUACACCAUGCCUUUAGAGAAGGAGAACUCGGAGGUUUACAGGCAGCGGGAAGCGCGAGCUGCCCGCCUGGCCAGCGAGAUCGAGAGCGGCCUGCAGUACCGCCGACGCGUUUCUUUGGAGAACGACGAGGGCAGGAGCGAGGAGGAGAAGUACAGCUCGGUGGUCCGAGACAGGGAGGACAGGGCCAGUCCGGGGUUCCCCUCCAGCAGCAGAGAAGGUAAAUACAUCCCUCUCCCCCAGCGGGCUCGAGAGGUCGGCCUCUCCGGCGGCAGCAUGAGGACCGGGUGCUCCGGGCGAACCGCCGGCCCGACUUCCUCCAGGCACCUGCCGCCCACCUCGUCCUCCCCCAAACCGUCCUCCGACAGGAGCAGCCCGCUGUCCGUCAGAACCACCUACUCCCCUCACCAAUCACAGGGCAGCCCGCCGGUGGCCGGCAGCCCUCCCUGCACCAAUCACAUUCUUCCUCACUCCCUCUCCCAUCCACAGGCACUGGGCGACACGACGCGCUCGUCUGUUAAUGGAGUUACAUCUAGAACUUCCCCAAAGUCUCUGAGACUUCAGAACAGCAGAAACCUGCGAACCCCGAACUCGCAGUCCUCCCCUGCAGUCCCACGUGCUCCAAAACCAGACGCCCCUCCUCAGGACCCCUCCUCAGUCAGCCCCACUUUUGUGGACUCCUCCCCCUCCUCCACUGUCACCACGGCAACCUCCAGCAAACCCUCCGGCCCCACCCCGCUGUUCCCUGUCGAUGGUGAGAUGUUGAGGUUUUCAGUGAAUGAAAUCCUGAGCACAGCAGCAAAAGAGCGCCCUGAAAGUCUGUCCAGUCCACAAGAACCCAAGAGCAGCAAAGCUCCGUCGGUCCAGCAGAGAUCACAGCUGGAGGAGCUCCGCAAGUUCGGCAAAGAGUUCAGGCUGCAGCCCAGCAGCUCCUCCCCCUCAGCGAGUCCGGCCUCUGCAGGUCCUCCUCAGCACAGCUCCGCCGACGCCUCCGACUCCCCCUCUGCUCCGCCCAAAUCCUUCAACUCCCUCACCUCCUCUGCCCAAGAUCUGCCACAGACCGCAGAGUCAGCUACGACCCCCACGACUCCUGCCGGCCCCCAGUCCUCAAGCCCCGAGGGGCCACAGUCUGGGACGACCCAAUCGACCCCCAGCAGCGAGGAGGCCCGUCCAGACAGCAGUGACCGACCAGAGGCUGUGUCUGCAGCCGCUGCAGUGCAGGUGAAAAACUCAACAUUGAAUCCAAAUGCAAAAGAAUUUCUUCCCAUAAAAGGAAACACAGCCCUGAAACCCACGCCGACCCCCACCCCUCCUCGGCCGACUCCCCCCAGCCCCUCUGUGGUUCUGCCUCCACCUGGACAGCCAGGAGGAGGAGGAGGAGCCAUCUACAGCAACCCACCUGGACACUACAUGUCCUAUGUCCCCCCGGUCCACAUCCAGGGAGCCUCCAUCCAGGCUCCUCAGAUGUAUCAGUACACCGUGUCAACUGUCAGCCAGGGCAAGUACAGAUCCAAAGGCCCGGUGGUGGGACAGCGUCCGGAGCACCACCCCUCCCCGGCCUCCCCCAUGAUCCCAGCUGCAGGCUCGGCAGCAGGACCCCCGCUGGUGGCUCCCCCGUACCCCCAGUCCUACCUGCAGUACAGUCAGGUGAUCCAGGCCGUGUCGCCACACUACCACGGACAGGCAGUUUACUCAAUGCUACAGGGGGGUCCGAGGAUGCUGACCUCUGGGGCCCCUCCUCAGCCGAUGGGCCCUCCAGGUCCCCAGUACCCCGGGCAGGUGGAGGGCCAGCCGGGGCCACAACAGGCCAUGUAUGCUCAGUCGUUCUCUCACCACUCGGGCUCCAUCCAUCACCCUCAGCCCUCCAGCACCCCCACUGGGAGUCAGCCCCCAGCCCAGCACACGGCACCCAGUCCAGGACACACUCAGUCGAGUCAGGCUGGUCCUCAGCCGCAGUCCAUGUUCCACUCAGGAGGUCUGUCGGCUCCCGCUCCUCCUAACCUGCCGCCGGGCCACAGCUCCCCGCAGGCCUCCUACACCCUGCAGGGAUACGGCCUCCCGCACCACCAGCCGCUGCCCCACGGCUUCGCCUCCAUCAGCCAGCUCUCGCAGGCUCACGUCCCAGGAGGCAUGUCGGGACCUCACCACUCCGCAGGCCACGGACUGCCCCACGUCAUGCUGCACUACGUCACCGCUCAGCAGGGCAGCAGCUCCAGCCCCCAGCAAGGAGCCCCACAGCACUUCUACAUCGGACCCCCACAAGCUGUUCAGGUUCAGGCUCAUCCCACGCAACAGCUGUCCUUCCACCCGUCUGCUAACUGAAACCUCCGUCGCCCUCCGCCACAGUUGGAUUCGGGAGCAAUGAAGACGAGCGUUAACCCCAAAACAACUUGUAACAUUCCAACCUCCUGACAUCGGAUUAACACGACCUUGCGUUUAACCACUUCCUUUAGACAGAAUCACAGGACGUUUCUGGAUUUUAAGUGUAAAUACAAACUGUUUUCACACAUCAACAUGAAGCUGGACUGACGACGAGAGCUGGUGGAAACUUUUGGACUGACGACAGCGCGUCUCCGUGUUCCACCUGUGUCCAAAACAGUUCAUUCAUAAUAAAACCACUGAAAAGAACAAAACA